UUUAAUAACCAAUAGGAAUGAAUCUUAUGGAGAAACUACGCCCCUUUUCCCCAAACUAACAAACACACUAGCGCCCGCGGUGGUGGCGGAUUUGGACGUGUACCCGUUAAAGGAAGGGACUUUGUGUUACACAGACACAGUUACAUAAUGCGCGUGCUCGGCUCCAUGCUGUCCCCGCGUGCACGCGCCUCUGUCUUCACCCGAGUUAGAGCUGCUGCUGCUUCUUCAUCAUCAGGGACCGUGCAAAUAACAGACCCGCUAAAUUACUGGGGUGGAAAUAGAGUCAACAUCGAGGGUGCGACCGGAUCAGAGCCCGUCUACGAGCCUGCGACAGGACGUGUGUUAUGCCAGCUGCAACCUUGCCAAGCAGAGCAGGUUGACAAGGCAGUGAACGGCGCACACUCCGCUUUCACACGCUGGAGUAAGAUGGCAGGAAUGGAGCGAGCCAGUAUCAUGCUGGAGGCAGCACGACUCAUCCAGAAAAGGAGAGAAGAGAUCGCCGAGGUGGAGGUGAUCGACAAUGGCAAGUCGAUCACAGAAGCACGGCUGGAUGUGGACUCAGCCCGGCUGUGUAUCGAAUAUUUCGCGGGUCUGUCCAAGACGAUGGGAGGGCAGCAUGUGCAGCUAGCAGGAGGAUCUUUUGCUUACACGCGCCGGGAGCCGUUGGGAGUGUGUGUGGGAAUCGGAGCCUGGAAUUACCCGUUCCAGAUUGCGGCGUGGAAGUCGGCUCCAGCUCUCGCCUGUGGGAACUCGAUGGUGUUCAAGCCGUCCCCGGUGACCCCGAUGAGUGCGGUGCUGCUGGCUGAGAUCUACAUGCAGGCUGGAGUUCCUGUUGGAUUGUUUAAUGUAGUGCAGGGAGCUCAGGAGACGGGCGCACUGCUGUGUCAACACCCUGCUGUGGCUAAGGUCUCUUUCACCGGAAGCGUGCAAACCGGCAAGAAGAUAAUGGAAAUGGCAUCUAAAGGCCUGAAGCCGGUGAGCCUGGAGCUUGGAGGCAAAUCUCCGCUGAUCAUCUUUGAAGACUGUGACCUCGAAAACGCGAUCCGGGGAGCGCUAAUGGCCAAUUUCCUUUCUCAGGGCCAGGUGUGCAGUAACGGGACGCGGGUAUUCGUGCACAGGUCGAUCCGCACCCCUUUUUUGGAGGAGGUGGUGAGGAGAACAAAAGCGAUCCGGAUCGGCGAUCCCCUGCUGGAGGACACGCGUAUGGGGGCGCUGGUCAGCCAGGGGCACCUAGACAAAGUGCUGGGAUACGUGGAGCAAGCCAAGAGGGAGGGGGCUCGAGUGCUGUGUGGAGGAGAGUCGUUCACACCAUCUGACCCUAAACUGAAACACGGAUAUUACAUGACUCCCUGUGUGCUUGACAAGUGCACAGACAACAUGACGUGCGUCAGAGAGGAAAUCUUUGGGCCUGUGAUGUCGGUGUUGACCUUCGACACAGAGGACGAAGUUCUUCACAGGGCUAAUGACACCACCAUGGGCCUGGCUGCUGGAGUUUUCACCAAAGACAUUCAGAGAGCACAUCGAGUGAUCAAGAACUUGCAGGCUGGCUCUUGCUUCAUCAACAACUACAACGUCACGCCUGUCGAGGUGCCGUUCGGAGGCUAUAAAACCUCAGGUAUAGGAAGAGAAAAUGGCCAGGUGACCAUUGAGUACUACUCUCAGCUUAAGACUGUGGUGGUUGAAAUGGGAGACGUGGACAGUCUCUUUUGAACGCAGGACAAAAGAGAGAACAUGCACUAGGUCCACUGUGUGAUCUGACUGCAACUCGGUCUAAAAAGUGACAAGAAGUCGCUAGAAAUAAGAACGCGUCGUUAUUGGUAAUUAACUGCCGUGUAUAAGGAAUGGUCUGAUAAUCAGGUAAUAAAUAAUGAUAUAAUCUCCAGGCUGUGUUUCACAGAUGAUAUGUUUGCUGUGCGUAAUGGAGACCAGCACAAAGAUGUUCACUGUUCUCUUUAAAUAGACAUUAACAAAUAAUAGUAUUUAUUCUGGAUAUGUGCUGCUAUACCGGCGUAUCGUCUCAGGCACACUGUUAACUGUGAAACUGUUCACCAGCAUGUUAAAGCACAUUAAAACACUAAUCUGUUUACUUUGUGAAUAUUCUAUUGCUUAUGGAACUGUAAUAAUUACAGAUGAUUUGUACUUAAGAAGCAGAAUAUAAUAAAGUAUUUCCAUUCGG